CCCGGGCGAUGGCACCGCGCAGCCGCCGCCAGCUCAUGGCGGGAGGGGAGAAGCGGGGAGGGAGGGGAACGACGGGAAAUGGCGGAUCCGUCCCAGCAGCCCCCGCGCCGCCGCCGCCACGUGACCUGACGUCCGGCGGGGCGGGGUUUGGGGGCGGGGGAAGAAGAGCGCUGCGCGCCGGAGGGAGCGGUCACGUGAGCGGAGGGCGGUGGGGCAGACCACCGGCGCGGAGGAGGCUGCCUCAGCUCCCGCUCCCUUUGCCGGGCACCCGUGCGGAGGAUCCGUCGUCCCUCGCCCGGACUAAGAUGGCGGCCCCGAGCCGGGCGCUGAGCGCCCUGCGCCUCGACGCCUUCCCCAGCCUGCUGCCGGCCUUCGCCGCCUCCGUCCGCCUCAACUCCAACCGCGCCGCCGUCUCCCACCUCCGCAGGCAGCUCUACGGCCGGCUCUACCCCAUCCUCCUGGUCAAAACCGACGGCUCCACCGUCCACCUCCGCUACAAAGAGCCGAAGAGGAUCCUCAUGCUGCCCCUGGACAGCAGCACGCUGCCCGAAGCGGAGCGCAAGGCCCGGCUGCGGAGGCAGUUCCCCAGCAGGCCGAAGGCCGGGCCGGAGGAGACCUUUGAGGGCAUCGACUUGUCCACCUACAAGCGGUUCUGGAAGAAAUGACGCCCCGAAAUUAAAAAAAAAAAAAAUUUUUUUUUAAAUAAAUAAGCGAAGCCGGCAAA